CUAUAUAGUAACUAACAAAAUUAUUUUUGUCAUAAAAAUAUGCAAUAAACGUCGAUUUACGCCGCUCAAAGACUCUAAAAUCACAAUCCAAAAUGUCACAACAAUAUCCAUAUAUGCAAGGUCCUGGUCCAAUGGGGCACAUGCACCACCAGCACCAUGGUGGAAACAUGGGCGGUCAUGGUGGCAUGGGUCACAACCACAGUGGCAUGGCAGGUGGUCAUGUGGGGAUAGGUGGCAUGAUAGACGUAGACCCUUUAACCAACAAUCAACCCUUACAAUUCAACCCGAACAAGGGUAAACCACCUAUGCCAAUUCCUGGGAAGGGUGGUGAUGACAUGGUGUUGGAUGAUGGAAGUGACCCGGGCGAUAUCCCCAUGAAUAGUAUGAUGAAAGUUGACGAUCAGAAAGCCGGCCAAGGCAACAUGCAAAUGGGACCAGGGAUGAUGGGUAUGGGAUAUGGUCCUCUAAACAACAUGAUGGGAGACCCCAGUAUGAUGAUGAUGGGACCAAUGGGAUUUGGCCAGUUUGGCGGCUACAUGGGUCCAGGCCCAAUGGGUCCAGGUGGGCCUAUGAUGGGAGGUCCCCCCGGUCCACCUCCCCCCGAAUAUCCGGAUCAGAGAGACCCAAUAAAAUGCGAUAGCUGUACUCUGUUUCCACCACCACCAGGUGCCCCGCCGAGAUCAACAAGAGAGCGCCCUCUGGGAUGCCGUACGGUUUUUGUUGGCAGUUUACCCGAGAAGAUGACGGAGGAGGCAAUAAGGGAAAUCUUCAGCCACUGCGGCAACAUAUACAGCAUAAGACUCAGCAAGAAGAACUUUGCUCACAUUAGGUUCGAAUCGGAGGAAGGUGUGGAACAGGCCAUAUCAUAUUCUGGUUGGCGACUAAAGGUUGGAGAUGAGGAAAUCGAAGACCGGACAAACACAAGUCGUGUUCAUGUUGAUUACGCCCAGGCGCGUGACGACCAGUAUGAAUGGGAAUGUCACCAGAGACAGCUAGCUCGAGAACAUCGCCAUCGCCAGCGCAUGGAAGAAGAACGUCUCCGACCGCCCAGUCCACCACCUAUUAUUCAUUUCAGUGAACAUGAAGCAGCCAUGCUUGUCGAGCAUUUAAAAGGUGACGACACGUUCAUGAAAGCCACCCAAGUCCUGAUGACAUGGUUAGAGCGUGGAGAUUGCAACCGGCGCUCAGCGAACACAUUCUACAGCAUGGUGCAAAGUACAAAUUCUCACGUGCGUCGUUUGAUGAACGAAAAACACUCACAUGAGGAGGAGUUAAAUAUCGUGAAGGAGAAAUUCAAGCUCAGAAUGAAUGGAAUCUUGAGGCAGUUCGAACAAAUCGAAAAAGUCUUUGGAGCCGCCUCCAAGCAGAAGGCCUGGGACCAUUUUUCUAAGGCACAGCGCAAGAAUCUUGAUUUGUGGAGUAAACAGGCACAGGAAAUAAAGCAACAAUCCCAGGAUGAAUUCCUAAGUGAUCGGAAAGAAGACGAGAUGGAAAUGUCUGACUCUGAGGACGGGGAUCCUGCUCCUAAGAAAAAGAAAAUGGAUGUCGGUGCUACAACCAAUCAGUUCCACCAGCUGAAAGAAGAAAACGACAGCCUGAAAUGUCAGCUUGAGGCUUACAGGAAUGAAGUGGAUAUUGCCAAACAUGAAGUCAGUGACUUGGUGCAGCAGAAGACAGCCCACCUCAAGGUUUUACAGCAUGCGUUACAUAAUACACAACAGCAUUUAUUGGAGGAAAAACAAAAACAACAGAAGGAUGUAGAAGAGAUCAAGAAUCUUAAGAAAACAUUAGCAGAAAAAGAGCUCCAACUCCAGCUGCAGUCCCAGCAGAAAAAACAGACUGAAAAGGGUGAAGAAAAUGAUAUCGAUAAGAAGGAUGAUUCGGUGAAAGAUUUGGCCUCGACGUCUGAUGAUACUGCGUCUGCUAGUGUGGGAAGUUCGGUCCGGGUUGAGCCAGUCAUUGUGACGUCAUCUGGUUUGACAGAAAAGGAAGCAAGAUAUGUUGGUGUGAUUUCCACUUUCCUUCACGUUCAUCCGUUCGGUGCGAACAUUGACUACAUCCACUCAUUCCUAAUGAGACUCAGCAUCAAGAUACGCUCGAGUGAGAUCGAAGAACUUUUAGAGAAACUGCCAACAGUGUUUAAACAGGACUUUCAUGGUGUUGGGGCUUCUAUUGAGAAGCGAUGGAAAUUCAUUGGUUUUGAUAUCUGAAAAUAUGGACUUGGUCAAUAAGUUUGAAGCAGUUGUGUAUAAACUGGAUUUUCACAGCGUCGGUGGUGAAAAUUCAUUGAAUUUGACAUCAAAGACCCCGGAUUUUGUCAAGGAUUUUCAGCAUUAUUAAGAGAAGUACUUAACCGACUCUUGCAGUUUCAGUUAGAGUAUGGUGUCCCUGAAUAGGACUGUCUAAGCUUCAGUUCAGAAGUGAGAGAAAUUCAUUGCAAUUGAUAUCUAAGACUUGGGACUGUGUCAAAGUUUUGACUGAGGAGUGUUGGAAAUGCAUUAUAUUUGGUCCCUCAGACUUGGACUGAAUCAAAGUUUCUAUUGAGAAGCAGUGACAAUUCUUCACUUUGAUAUUGGAGACAAUAAGAAUAUGCUCGAGUGUGUGAUCCGAGUCACCAGAUUGCACAAGUUGAUUUUCUUUGGCCUUGAAAAGCUUGAGACCGCAGAGUGCAAUCUGGUGACGAUCACACACGUGCCGACGUGGGAAGUAUUAUAUUUAUCAUAUACCACAUAUAUUCCCAGAAAUACCAAGAAAAUGUUGAUCAAAAGGCAAAAUUUGUAAUUUUUUUGGCCAAAAAUCUCUUAUGACGUGAAUGCGUCAUGGAAGACGUGCAAGUUUUGAGGUAACGACGUCAAGACUUCACGCCGAUGUCGAAAGUCAACAGUUAAGGAAUGCCGGUGUCACUCUCGUCCACCGUCGUUGAUCCCAUCAGAGAAUCAUAUCUACUGUCGUUUAUGUGGGAAGAUGGCUUGUGGCUGUGCUGAACCUGUUUUGACAGCUAAAGCAAGUCAUUAAUUAUCUCUAUCAAAUUUCCUUUGUUUGAUACUGAUUACCUUCCAAAGGCAUGAAAACCAAUCAAUUACAGGACCCAUUAGUGAAAUUGGUUUAGGCGACAGUGGCGUUGUCUCGCGGCAGAAGAUAAAACUGAAAUCUUUGUCCAAAACGCUCAGUUCCAAUAUUAACCGCUAGAUAGCACCACUGUCGCCUCAGUCACUUUAGGUCUCGUUGGGGAGUUUUCCCAAAUGUACGCGACCAUGACGUGCCCCAUUAACAGGACGUAACAUGCUUCCAAAGUGAUUGCAUGAGGACAACCCAUUUGUAUCGUAUAUCACUGGAAACGCCCGAUUCCACUGGUUCUGCAGGAUGUUAAAUCGGGCAUUUUAUUUCUUUAAAUAAAUCAUAAGCGUCGCA